CAGACACCACGUCAGAUUCUUGUUCUUGUGCCUGACCUCGGCAGUCGGACGGUGGAAUUUGAAAUCCAUUUUCACCGCUACCUGGAACCUGCGCCACGUGUCUAGGGUCCCGCCAAGCCAACAACUGGAAUCCACACCACAGCCAACAUUCUGUCAUUCUCGCUUCGCCUUCCAAGCAGAGGUCGCUCUUGAAUGGGCCCUUGCAGUCUCUAUGAAACACUUUGUUGUUGUAAUUCCAAUGAUACCCACUGUUUUUCUGGUGCUUAAGCGUCCACCUCACCGCUGGGUGUCUACCCCAUACUGGGCUUGCAUCUCGCAGUUAGGGCUACGAUUAUGUUGGGCUUUGAUUCUGGUGAUCGGUUUACCUAUUGCUUAUCUGUUCAAGAUGAUUCCCUUCCUUCUCUUCCUGAUGUCCGCGCAAUCGCCUCGCGUUAACCAACUCAAAAGCAGCUCAGCAACGAACCGGAGUUUUUAUCUCACCGAGUACAACGAAAGCCCUGCUGUCUGUCUGCCUGACCUCGACAUAGGAAACGAACGUUUGGUCCUUUCCCACUCGGGUUGAAGAGGUUUAUAAACCAUUCAAUACCUCGAUGUGAUAUCGAUUCUUUCCUCGCCAUCAAUCUAUUGUCAGCCCCCUUUCGAUCGGACCUCUCGGCCUCUUCUGUCGACCU